AAAAUGAACGGUUAAUAUAUCUCCAAAUUGUGACAAUACUCAAAACGCACGAACCAAAGAGAACCAAAGAGCAUUAGCAUUCGUGCCAUGCCGGAGCUCCCGGAGGUGGAGGCGGCUCGGCGAGCCCUAGAAGAGCACUGCGUGGGCAAGAGAAUCCGUAAAUGCGUUGCCGCUGAUGACGCGAAGGUCAUUGAUGGCGUGCCACAUUCUGUCUUUGAGUCCUCGCUCACUGGGAAGACCAUCGUCGCCACCCACCGCAAGGGCAAGAACCUGUGGCUCCAGCUUGACUCCCCUCCCUUCCCUUCCUUCCAAUUCGGGAUGGCUGGAGCGGUUUAUAUAAAGGGAGUGGCAGUGACGAAGUAUAAGAGGGCUGUGGUGAGUGAUGAGGAAGAGUGGCCAUCGAAGUACUCUAAAGUGUUUGUUGAGCUCGAAGAUGGCUUAGAAUUUUCUUUCACUGAUAAGAGACGUUUUGCCAGAGUUCGUUUGCUUGAAGAUCCAACAGGUGUGCCUCCAAUUUCUACACUAGGUCCAGAUGCGUUAACAGAGCUUAUGCCAUUGGAUGAAUUUGUGCACUCUCUUAGCGAGAAGAAGAUUGCAAUUAAGGCUUUGCUACUUGACCAGAGUUUCAUUUCAGGUAUUGGUAAUUGGGUCGCAGAUGAAGUUCUUUAUCAGGCAUGUAUUCACCCAUUGCAACCUGCUGCGAGCUUGUCCAAAGAGAGUUGUCAGUCUUUGCACAGAUGCAUUAAGGAGGUAAUUCAAUAUGCAGUAGAAGUUGAUGCCGAUUCUACUCAUUUCCCAAUUGAGUGGUUGUUUCAUGUUCGAUGGGGCAAAAAGUCUGGAAAACUGAAUGGUAAGAAGAUAGAUUUCGUCACAGCUGGUGGCCGUACUUCGGCCUUUGUACCAGAGUUGCAGAAGUUGAUUGGAGCACAAUCUGGCAAGACAGUAGUUCAAGCUACGAAAAGGUCGAAAUUGAAGGAAAGCAGUGAAGCUGAAGAAUCUGACAGUGAUGAGGAUUUCAAUGCAAAGACAAGUGAGAAAAAAAGCAAGGCCACAACUGUUAGAAGAAAGAAGCAGAGCGAUGAUGAUAGUGGUGAAGAAUCCGCAGUGAGGAGGAUUUGGACAAAAGGACAAAUACGAAAAAGAGCAAGGUCGCAACUGUUCAGAAGAAGAAGCAGAUCGAAAAUGAUAGUGAUGAAGAUGAGCCACAGAAAAAAGCAAGAGGUAAAACAAAGCCGAAGCGAACAAACUCCGGUCAAGCAAAGGCAAAACAGAAAAAAGCACAGAAAUAGGAUGUAAUGUGGAAUCGGAAAACUCGAACAGGUAGUUUAUUUAUGAAAAAUUAGGGUGCAUGAUGCUGUGUUGUGUUUGCUUUGUGUUUUGUUGACUCUCAAGUUUUGAGAUGUAAAUAGAUUAUUGAGCUUGCCUCUGUUUGACACUUAUUUUGAAAGGUGCAGAACGUUAAAUUGGGGUUCAGAUUUACAUUGUUGGGCAUAUUAGACAAUGAAGUUGGAUCGUUUAUAAAAGGAUAACUAAAAAAUAAAAUAA